GAUAACACACCACAGAGGUUUUGAGAAUACAUUCACAUACCCACAGUUAUACAGGGAGAUACUGGACUGUGCCGAAGCCUCUCCACCUGCCUGCCUGUCAGACUAGCAGUGUUGGAUAUACAGUAUAAAUUCUUCUGGAUGGACUAUUAACUUCGGUACUAUGUUGCUCCAGUCGUCUAAGAAGAACUUCAGCCUCAGUUAUACCCAAGUAAAAUGGAGGAUAGUUUUGAUUGCGACUGUGGCGAGCUUGAGCCACCUGAUCACUGAGGGUGACAAAUUACUUUGAAGACUUAAAGGCCGGACUCAUUUCAGUUCUGUAGAUCAGGUGACUUGACGGGAAAAUUUCGCAGACAGACAAAUAAAUAUUAAAAAAAAAAAAAAAAAGAAGAAGAAAAAAAAAAGUGCAUUUAGGCACAUUUCAUAUGACGCUGCUCAGGACCAGUCAUACACUGAAUGUAUCUGCACUGUGAGGAUGCAACUACAUGCUUUUAUAGUUUAACAUAGUCUCAGUGUUUUUUUAAUCAGCCUCAAAGUCCAUUCCAUUGCAGUCUAUAAACACUAGUAUACAAAGAACUGUCCAUUUAGAAAUAUCCCCACAUCCAGGAUUGGAGGAGAAAUUCAUCUUUUACAUUUUCUCUCCUUAUUCAAGAUGGAAAGAAAGUUUGACUACACAUUAGUGCCCCGCAUCUGACAGUGACGGCUAGACAGGGGGGACUCGGUAGUCGUCUGUAUAGGGGUUAGUUGGCUCAGCCUCUGAAGCAGUGAGGGAAUUGUCUGCUAAAUCCCUCUGUUGGUGUUAAAGUUAGACUUUAAACAGGCCAGAGACCAUACGUUUGAAGAAGCAGAAGCUUGGUGGAAAAGCCCGAAACAGUCAUCAUGGCAGAGAAGUUUGAGUCACUGAUGAACAUCCAUGGCUUUGACCUGGGUUCUCGCUACAUGGACUUGAAGCCUCUGGGCUAUGGAGGGAAUGGCCUGGUGUUCUCAGCAGUUGACACGGACUGUGACAAGCGUGUAGCUGUGAAGAAAAUUAUCUUGACUGACCCCCAGAGUGUGAAGCAUGCUCUGCGGGAAAUCAAGAUUAUCAGACGCCUCGACCACGACAACAUUGUCAAGGUGUUUGAGACAUUGGGCCCCAAUGGUCGCAGGCUAACAGAGGACGUGGUGUCCCUCACAGAGGUCAACUCCGUCUACAUUGUGCAGGAGUACAUGGAGACAGACUUGUGUCAGCUGCUGGAGAGGGGCCUACUGUCUGAAGGCCACGCCAGGCUCUUCAUGUACCAGCUCCUCAGGGGCCUUAAGUACAUCCACUCUGCCAAUGUGUUGCACCGUGACCUCAAGCCUGCCAACCUGUUUGUCAACACAGAGGACUUGGUACUGAAGAUCGGGGACUUUGGACUGGCCCGCAUCAUGGACCCCCACUACUCUCACAAGGGCCAUCUCUCUGAAGGUCUGGUCACCAAGUGGUACAGAUCUCCUCGCCUGCUGCUCUCUCCUAACAACUACACCAAAGCCAUCGACAUGUGGGCCGCUGGCUGCAUCUUUGCCGAGAUGCUCACAGGGAAAACCCUGUUUGCAGGAGCACAUGAACUGGAGCAGAUGCAGCUGAUCCUGGAGUCCAUCCCCGUACUGCGAGAGGAAGACCGACAGGAGCUCCACAGCGUCAUCCCCGUCUUCAUCCGCAAUGACAUGUCCAAGCCUCACACACCACUGGCCAAGCUGCUGCCUGACGUCAGUCCGCAAGCCCUGGAUUUCCUGGAGAAGAUCCUGACCUUUAACCCCAUGGAUCGUCUGACUGCAGAGGAGGCUUUGGCCCACCCCUAUAUGGCUGACUACUCCUUCCCCCUGGACGAGCCUGUCUCUCUGCACCCCUUCCACAUUGAGGAUGAAGUAGAUGAUAUCCUGCUCAUGGACCAGAGCCACAGCCACACCUGGGACAGGUAUCAUGAGAGCCAGCUGUCAGAGGCUGACUGGCACUUGCACAGCACCCACGACCCAGACGAAGUUCAGGUUGACCCAAGGGCACUCUCUGAUGUAACAGACGAGGAGGAGGUCCAGGUGGAUCCUCGUAAAUAUGCUGACGGAGAUCGGGAGAAGUUCCUGGAUGAGCCAUCCUUUGACUACUCCAGUCUGUUCCCGCCAGAGAGAUCCUGGCAGGACGAUCACCACGAGAACAAAUACUGUGACUUGCAGUGUAGCCACACCUGUAACUACAAGGCCGUGUCACCCUCCUACCUGGACAACCUCAUCUGGAGGGACAGUGAAGUCAACCACUACUAUGAACCCAAGCUCAUCAUCGACCUCUCCAACUGGAAGGAGCAGCAGAGCAAGGAGAAGGCCGACCGGAAGGCCAAGAGCAAGUGUGAGAAGAAUGGGCUGGUGAAGGCCCAGAUUGCACUGCAGGAGGCCGAGAAGACCCAGAGUCCGGUGGAGAAGGACAGAGAGCAGGAGAAACACCAGACAGAGAGGCCUCAAAGCCAGCAGAACCAAGGCUUUGACUUCGACUCCUUCAUCGCCAGCACCAUUAAACUGAGCCUUCAGCCGGAGCCCUGUCAGGAGGUGGCCCUGCUCAGUGAAGUGGGCCUCCUGAACGAGCUCAACUCUUCAGUCUCCCAGGUGGAGGCUCCCCGCUCAGGCUCCAUGUCCAAGUCCAUAAGUCAGGAGAAGGAGGAGAAGUGCCUGGUAAACCUCGCCCAGUUAGGGGGAGGAGGGUUGGGAGUUGUCGGCGGAGACGGCGCCUGGCCCGCUCACCCCUGGGAGAGCUUUGGCUCCGGGGAGAGAGUCGGGGAGAACGGCUGUUUGAUAGAUGAAGCAUGCUGGGACAUUCGUAAAGAGGACCACUUCCAGAAGGAGAGCACUUACACCAGCUACCUGGACCGCCUGUUCAGCCGGAAGGAAGAGGGGGUCGCAGAGACUGUGGCCAGCCCAGAGACGGAGCCGUCAGAGGGGAGAGAGCUGGACGAGAGCUUCCUCGGCAGGAACACGGAGAUUGUGCUUAAUAUGCAGCUUGACUCUCUGGCCCUGCCUGGCUUUGACAGCACCGAUGACUUGCCUCUAAAAUCCAUCCAGGCGUCCCUCACCCCCUGCGCUGUCAAAUGCUCCCCACAAAUUGCCCACAAAACAUACAGCAACAUCUUCAAGCAUCUUAAUUAAAAAAAA